AGAGCGAUGAAGUACUCAAAUGAAGCUCGACGCAGCCACAACUUUUAAUCCCUGUUUUCUAGUGUAGUAAGUGUAUAUGAUAGAUGGGUAAAAAACAGCAGCAAUCUCAGAGAACGAAAGGAAACUUACAGGCCUCGUCAAGCUCGAGAGCAGCCCAGCUAUUACAAAGUAAGAAUGUGAACAUCACCCCAAGUCUAGGGUUCUGCAAGGAUGGAGCCGAGUCUGCUGCUAGUGUUGACUCAACCCUCUCCUCCUCGUUCAGAAAGCUGGGCAAGAAGGAGGCCGUCACCAAACAAAAGGCGCUGGUAGAGAUACUAGAAACAGUAUCAGAGGAGAAUAUUGAGGGUUGCUUGCUGCUAUGGGCGAGAAACUACCAAAAAAUAUCAAUAGAUAACGAAAGGAAAGUUCGAGAACUUUCCCAGCAAGUUCACAGUAAAAUAGUCUCAUUGGCUGGGCGGAACCUGGCUCCGUAUCUUGGCAGUAUCAUGGGUUCAUGGCUGGAGAGCACAUGUGACAUAAACUCAACAACUGCCCAGAUAGCAUCAGAUGCUCUUGUAGCAGCUUUUCCAGGAGACAAACUCAGUUCUGCUGUAAAGUUCUGUGAAAAGGGUAUUGUUAAGCACGUUAGAGAGAGACUGGGAUCCUCUCCUAAUACCUUGUCAGAUAUGAAGGUUACAGAUCCGGUAGAUGCGGAGGAGAAAUACUCUAGAGUUAUUGGCAGCACAUUGAGAAUGAUAGUCCAGAUUCUCCAACAAACAGAGCAGUGUCAGAGCAUUAUCCAGCUGUUGGACGAGUCCUGUGUCUGGUCCCUCGGCCGAUCCAAGCAGUAUCAGGUUAGAAGACACGUGUACAACUUUAUCUCCGACUUGUGCGCGGUGCCCACGUGCACACUACCUGCUGCUGCGCACAAGAUCCUAGCACAGCAGCUCAACACGUGCCAUCACGAGACUUCAAGCGUGCACUACGCAGCGCUCGUCACUGUUCUAAUAUCGUGUCACCAGGAAGAAUUCUGGUCGACAGUAUCCCAGGGGGAUUUGAGAGGUCAGCUACUCGAUGCGCUGAAGAGCAAAGCGCUCAACGCUGGGGUGCUACAAUCAGUUCUACCUCACUUUGCUGUUCUUGUCCCUGUAAUUUAUCAACAUUGGAUGAAGGAAGAUUUGCAUCAGAAGUGGAUUGAAGACAUUCUUUCAAAUUCCUCUAAAUGUUUGAAUCAGUGCAAAGGAAUUCCGGAGAAAACUUCAUUACUGACGUUUGUAGCCUCUAUAUCAAGUGAAAUCAAGAAUAAGCAUUCUUUUGGAAUACCAGAAUCUUCGUUGUCUUCUAUUGGAGCGAUGAUAGCAACUCUAACAGCAGCAACUGUAACACCUAAAGAAGAUAUGAUAAGCCCACUAAAAAUCACCAUAUCAAACACAGAGAACUACUCUGAAACCUGUCAAAUCGUUCUCAACAACAUAAAACAAAACGAGUUUGAGAUCAACAACACACUUUGUAUAGGGUGGAUAUUUGUAGAGAUUGGUAAUGAGGACGACUGUGUAGCAUUACUUGCUGGAAAGUGCCAGGAUAAGCUAGCCAGUGGGAAUUUUGAGUAUGUUGUUCGCAUGAUGGAGCGAUUUAGUGGGUUAUCAGAUGUUUUGUUUGCUAAACUUACUGAAGGAGUAUCAACUGAUGUGGCGCUGAUCAACCUUACUAACGGCUUGUUUAUACCACAUUUCUCUAAUUCUGAGUACACACCUUCAAAAAUAUCUCGACUAUGUGAGGUAUUUUAUCACUUCAUGCAUAAUUCCAAUGGUCCGUGUGAUAAUCUCAUCAGAACUUUAGUUCAGUCUUUCCAACAUAGUUUUGUGGCAUUCUCUGCAUUCUUGAAAAUACAGACAGGUUGUACCACAGACACGGUUUUCUUACCUGUUGGUCUGAUGACUGAGAUGUUCGAUUCUUUGGACCGGGAAACAUGUGAACAAUUCGAAAACGUUGUGUGCAAUUUAGCUGCUUUGGCAGAACGCAUUCCAGAACUGGGAAAUCAUCUGAUGAAUUUCGUUAACACGACCGCAUCAGAAGUUGAUCUCAGUGAUAAGCUCGUAACUUUGUUGAAGGUGAUUAAAUGGAGCAAAGCUUCAGAUUCUGAUCUCGCUACAAUCGAACUUAUACUCAGCAGAGGAUUCACUGGAGAAUGUCUUAAGACACUUACACCAGUAUUGAAGAACAUCACCGAACAAUGUCCUGAUUUCUCAGAAAUGAUAAUGACAAAGAUAACCAACAUUCUGGACAAAUAUCCAGUAGAAGUGACUGAGUGUAUGUUGCACGUGUUCAAGAACAUUCCAGAAGUUGUUAUCAGUUACUGUGUGGGUAAACUACCCAAGUUAGUGGUGGACAUGUCCCUCUUAAUGGAUCUGCACAAGAAAUACGCUGUUUUGAACAUGGGUCAGUUUAGUGAGGGUGAUAUGUGGAGUGAGAGUCAGGCACUGUUGUUUAAAACAUGUCUGGAAUUCAUCUCCAGUUCGGCUGGUGUUUUGGGCGUGGCAAGUGUGGAACAUUUGGUGAAGUUCAUCGUCUACGAAUUUACAUCUAAUGGACUGGCUGAUAUGUCGAGUAAAAUAUUGAAGUCUAUCAAAAUCCGAGAAGAGCUUUGUUAUGGAGUGUUGAACGAACUUGUUCGCAAAAGUAAUAUGUUUGUCAUUUAUGCAGUCAAUGAUUUGGUCAACCAUGGUUUUAAAAUAGACUGGAGCAAGAUUGAAGGGUUAGAAAAGAUGUCUUUAGAAUCGUUAAUUAGCCUCGCAGUUGCUUUUGAGGACAACUUGUUGAAGAAGCUUAUUGAUCAAAAGAAAGACGCUGAGUUAACCGUCAAGGAACGUCUGUGUUACCUGAAUUUUACAGCUUCAAAAACCCCAAAUAACGAGGAAAUAUUUGAGUUUCUAACAGUGUCCUGCUUUGAAGCAGAGAACAUUGACCACCAAAUGACAGCUCGCAUCUUUUCAAUAUUUCUACCCAUCCUUUUCCAGUCGUCUUCAACUGCGGAGGAAGAUAUCCAAUUUGUGCUAAACUCCACUGCAGCCACGUUACAAGCCACUCUGGAUAUUUUAUCAGAUUCUCCCACCAGCCAAGAAAAAUACCAUCUCACUGCUUCACUGGUGUCCUUUACCGAGUUAUAUAAAACUUCACGUGAUUGUUUGAAAGUUGAAAAGCUGGAGAAAUUCCAGGGUAUAAUUGAGGAUUGGGAUGCUUUCUAUGAGCCUGGAAUUCAGGAUUUAGCUCUUGUUUUACACGACAAGAUAUUAUCCUUGUCUUCACCAGAAACUGCCUCGUACCUUUCACCGGUUAUCCUACUGGCACCACCUGCCUCUGUUAAAAGCUUUAUGAGAUCAGCUCUUAAUAAGAAUGAAGGUAUCACAUUUGAUGAAUGUUUUGAUUAUGUCAUGAGUUGUUAUAAUACACUACCAUACGAAACACAAACGUCCUUAUUCUACCUUUUACUCCACUGCCAGAACCUCUUCCCUGCAAAACCAGAUAACAGCGUAGUUGUGGACGAAGAGAUGGCCGAGUUUGCUUCUCCUCCAGUAAUCUUCCUUGAAGCUCUCUCGAAAAUAGAUUUAGUAAACUUUGAAUCGGAAGCUGAGUACGAGAACAGACUGGUCAAGUCAGCCCAUAUAUGGACAUUGCUGUUGAUUAGCGAGUCUGGGCAACCAUCGGAUGUGCUCCGAGAACAUGUUGAAUUCCUGAGAAGCAAGCAGAUCCUGACCGAAUUCCUCGAUAACAUUGUAUACUUGAUCAAGUUUUCGUCAAAGAAGUACGAGAUAGUGCCAAUGGAUGAUAUAGCUAAAUGUACUAGUUUUGAGUCUCACCAACUCGCUAGUUCUUGUUUUAUGGGGAUUGCUGAGGUGUUCCCUGCCUUGCUGAGGAAUUGGUGGAAGAAACUCGGAAAAGAGUUGACGAUUUCCGUCGAGAAAUAUGUUUGUGCGUUUGUGUCUCCUACAUUGAUUAAGUCAGAAACGAACGUGCGGAUGGAUUCUGAUGACGGAACUCUUGUGAUCAAACCAAGACCGGUUGUUAGAGAGGUAGUAGCCACGUACACGAUGGAUGACAUUACUGCGGACCUUAUUAUCUUCAUUGCUCCCAAUCACCCACUCUCACCACCUACUGUAAGCUGUGAGCGACAAGUAGGCGUACCGGUGGGUACAUGGAGGUCCUGGAUGCUUCAAAUGACUAGCAUGUUCCAAAACCAAAACUCCUCGAUUGUUGACGCGCUGGAACAUUGGAGAAAGAACAUGGACAGACAGUUUGAAGGGUUAGAAAGCUGUAUGAUAUGCUUCUCUGUGGUCCAAGGUCCAAAGAAAGCGCUCCCAAAACCAUGCUGCAAGACGUGCAAGAAGAAGUUCCACAGUGCCUGUCUCUACAAAUGGUUCAGUACAAGCGGUAAAUCUACCUGUCCUAUGUGUAGAACAAGUUUCCAGCACGCUACAGGACUUAGAGCUCGUCUACAGGAGGGACCAGGGGAGGAGGAGUAGGGACACUGUGGGACACUGUUUUACUGAUCUUUGAGGAUUUUAACUUUUAACUUUCGAUUGUUAGAGUUUGAUAUUUGAUAGAAGAAAGGAGGGGUUUAAUUUUUCUGGCAAUUUUCAGUGCAUGCUUUGGAAAUGUUAAACUUUUCGCUGCUCUAUAGACAUUCCAAUACUACUUCUAUAUAAUAGAUUGGUCGACUGGGUGGUUACUGGUUAGUAAGCAAAGGGUCUCUAGAAUCCAUGACAUAUGCAUGAUAUCUUCAUACCCCCUCACUGAUUUCUUUCAUUUCAUUGUACUUUCGGGCCCCACCAAAGUGUUAAACGGUGGUUAUUUCGUAACUUUGCGUCCCGUGAUCUGUGUGUAUCGUCGCGAUGUUAGUCAUAGAUUGAUGCAUAUGAACUCCUGAUUGAGUGAGGAUGAUCGUUAAAUCGCGUAGACUAGGUGGUGUUAACUUUACAUUUUUAUGUGCUGUUUUGAUUUCUUUAACGAUUUGAUGAUCAUUUU